UGUCCUCCUCUCUCCCUAGAAAACAACACAAGGCUUAAUAAGUUCGCAAGAAGUGGUGUGGGUACUUUGCUUACCCGUUUAUCUUUCGUGCAAACCCGUUCAAACAAACUUUUCAGAAGUACAAUAACUGGACAAGGGAGAAAAACGACACCGGGGUGGGCCACCUGAUCCGGGGAGAGGGAUUUAUUUUCCUUCUACAUUCCUGAUGGAGUCGUACAGAGUGACUGGCAUUCCUCACAGUGGACCACAGCGGGGACACACUCAGCCGUCCCGCCCCUCUAGGCCCCACAGCAAUGGAGCGGGUACAUACGGCCUCAGCAUCCGUGUCCAGGGUAUCGAUGGACACCCGUACGUAGUCCUCAACAAUCAGGACAGGGGUCCUCACUCCUAUGUUGACCCUAACAGUAACGGGUACUUUGACUCAGAGGGCUCUUUUAUUGAGAACUACCAGGAGUAUGAUUUCCGUGGGGGGAAGGAGGCUGGAUCCAACAGCCCCUUCAUGGAGUACAGGUCUCAGAAAAUGAUGCAUCACACUGGUUCUCAAAAUGGCGUUGCAGAUUCACAAGGAAAGAAAGCAUCCACUCUCCUGAACUUUCAGAAGCAUCCUGAGAUCCUGCAGCCGUAUGAUCCCGACACCAACUCCCUGAACCUCGAUUGUUUCCAUAGCCUUCCUUCAAGGUCUCCACCUCCAGCUGAGACUGGGAACCAACAGCAGGUAUCUGGCAUACCUGCACCGUCCCACACCAAGUUAUCCUCCCUGGACCAGAACAAAGCUCCCACACAGCAAGAAAAGAGGCAACCUGAACCUGUUCCAAAGUCCCAGUCUCUGCCCUCAGUUAAGCGUGCUCAGCCUCAGAGCAGGCCUCAGACACAAGUGGCUCAACCACAGUCGAGACCACUCGCCAACCUUAGUCCAACUCAGUCCAAGCAAAGCUCUGCAACUAAGCCUCCAUCACAGCCUACACCCCCCACUGUGUCUAGUCCCACAACUGAGCAGACCAAGUCCUCAGGCAGAAUCUCCAGCACCAUGAGCAGCGCUGACUCCAGCCUGGAGCGUACCCACCGUGAGCCUGACGUCCUUCCCCUACGCAGGACCGACUCCAGUGGGCCAGUUCUUCAGACUUCUUCACGCUCCCGCCACUCCUCCACAUCCUCAACGUCUAAGGUCCUGUAUGAUGAACAGAUGGAUGCCCUGUAUGCUGACACCAUCAACCGCCAUGAGAACCGCAGAUACAUCCCUUUCCAUCCUGGCUCAGGCAGAGACAUCGACACAGGGUCUAUUCCUGGUGUGGACGAGCUCAUAGACAAGUUUGAUGGUAAAGAUGGCAGCCAGCAGCGCAGAGGAAGAGCAGGGCGCAGGAACAGGAUCAAUCCUGAGGACAGGAAGCGCUCACGCAGUGUGGACAGUGCCCUCGGCCUGCGAGAUGGCUCAAGCUUCUUGGAUGAGUUCAGCUCCCGUAGAGGUAUGUCCGUGGAGCACGUCUUGCGUCCUUCACAGCUACGGCUGCAGAAAUCAGCUGGCAGUCAGGACUCGUGGAUCUCGACUGUGGAUGGUAGGACUGACUCCAGAGCUUCAUCUCGGGCCACCAGUGCACCUGGCUCCCCCCAGAGCACCAUCUCUAAAGGUGUUGGCUUCAUUCAGGGUUACAAAAAGCCACCGACAGGCUCUUCUUCAGCGACAUUUAAAAGUAAAGAGAGGGAGGAUAGCACCUCUUCAGUUGGAAAGACUUCAUCGUCAUCACUGUCAACAUCACUAUCAAAGCCGUCCUCUGUUGCAGAGAAAAAGUCCAGUGCAGAGGCAGAUGUUCAGGCAACGCCUGAUCUUCUCAAAGGUCAGCAGGAGCUGUCACAACAAACAAAUGAAGAGACAGCAAAACAAAUUUUAUUCAGUUACCUCAAAGAAGGAAGUAACGACAGUGAUGAAACAACGAAGAGAAAGGUCAACCUUGUCUUUGAGAAAAUACAGACCUUGAAGUCUCGUGCUACAGCAGGUUCGCAAGGUGACAACAAGUCACUGGACAUUUCUGCACAGACUAAAGCACUGCAGGUCCAAAAUGCUGAACUGGAGAAAGAGAUGGCUGAAGUAAAGAGACAACUGGAGAAAAAUCAAGCGGACAGGAGGACAGCAGCAGGUUUGAAGGAUCUGCAGCAGGACCUGGAGCGAAGUGCAGAGGAGUGUAAGCGCCUGAGGGAAAAACUUGCCAAAACAGAGGCUGAGCUCCAGACCACAGUCGAAGAGCUUUUCCAGGUGAAGAUGGAGAGGGAGCAAUACCAGACAGAGAUCAGAGACCUGCAGGAUCAGCUGUCAGAGAUGCAUGACGAGCUCGACACGGCCAAGAAGUCAACGUCAGAUGGAGAGAAAGAUGCCAUUAUGGUGGACAUGAUGCAGCUCAAACUGGAGAUGCAGGAGGUUCUCUUGGCCAAGGAGGAGCAGGAGGAGGUGCUGAGGAGGCGAGAAAGAGAGCUGACAGCUUUGAAAGGAGCACUGAAGGAAGAAGUGGCUGCCCAUGAUCAGGAGGUGGACAAGAUGAAAGAGCAGUAUGAGAAGGAAAUCAGUCGUCUGCAAACGUCUUUAGAUGAGGCCAAGCAGAGCAGCACAGCAGUGGUGCGUGAGAAGGCUGAAGUGGAGGCAGCUAAGGGUGCAGCGGAGGGUCAAGCUGAACGGCUAACCCAGGAGGCCGAGCGGCUACGCAGGCGGGCACAGGAGCUGGAAAAUGAGGUGGCAAAACUGAACCGCAUCAUUGAUGAGGCCAAGCUCCAGGAGAGCAGACUGGAGGAUAAAGUUAGCCGUCUGGAGAGAGACAAGAAACAUCUAGAAGAAUCUUUGGCUGAAAUUAGGGAGCAAGAAGAGGAGAUGUCACGUGCCAACCGCGCAUUGACCAUUCGAUUGGAGGAUGUGCAGAGGAACUUGACCAAACUGAGCCUCGAACAUAAGGAGCUGGAGGAGAGGUUACUUGAGGAGAGGGCUCAGAAGGAGCAGUUCAAGAACAUGAAGAAUGACAUCGAGGAUGAGAGGAGGUUGCUGGACCGUACAGUGGAAAAACUCCAGAGGGAGAUGAAUGAUAUUGUAGAUGCAUCCCAGUCGUCCACUCGGGAGCUGCAGGAGCAGAUUGAUAUUUAUAAAGAGAAGAACCGUCGGGAGCUGACAGAGCUGCAGAGGCUCCUGAAGGAGCGAGGACUGGAGCUGGAGAAGUACCUGCUGGUCACCAAAACUCUGCAAGAAGAGUUGUCGCGUCGGGAGGAGGAACUGCGACAGUGUCAGAGGGAACGAGACGACGCUGUGCUGAAAGAGAAGACGCUGGAAAGAAAGGUUCAUGACUUGGAGUUGGAAGCUGAGACAAAAGCCACAAAAGAAGACAAAUCUCGACAGCUCAAGCUCAUGGAGGACAGGAUUGCUCAGCUGGAGUUAGACCUCGAUGAGGAGCGUCAGAGUGGAGACCAGCUGAUGGACAGGAUAGACCGAGGAAGAGAGCAGGUGGAGCAGAUGAGGAAUGAACUCCUGCAGGAGAGGGCUAGCAGACAGGACCUGGAGUGUGACAAGAUGGCUCUGGAGAGACAGAAUAAAGACCUAAAGAGCAGAGUGUCUCAUCUCGAGGGCUCCCAUAAAUCCAACAAAGAGGGCCUGGUAGCGCAGCUGGAAGGUCGCAUACAGGAGCUGGAGGAGAGGCUGGAAGUAGAAGAAAGGGAGCGAGCCAACCUGCAGCUGGUGAACCGCAGACUGGAGAGGAAGGUGAAAGAGAUGAUGAUGCAAACUGAAGAAGAACACAACUCCAUGCUGGACCAAAAGGACCAAUUGAAUCUGCGUCUGAAGGCCUUGAAGCGUCAGAUGGACGAGGCAGAGGAGGAGAUCGACCGACUUGAGCACGGCAAGAAAAAACUACAAAGAGACCUGGACGAGCAGCUGGAGGCCAAUGACCAGCUUCAGAGCCAACUCAAAGCUCUGCGAAAUGAAAUGAGGCGAAAGAGUAACUCUGCUCCACUGCUCAACAAUUUGCACGAUGACGACGAUGACGAUGAUAUCAGCACUGAUGGGGAGACGUACUUCAGCUCAACAUCGGGCUACAAACGCUCCUCGAGUCAGGAGAACAUACUAACAACCCUCACUCUCUAAAACUCACUCUGAGGCUGAGGAUAAAGCUGCUUAUAUGAAUCACUGUGGGACAAAACAGCUGGAUAACCAAGCCAAGGGCUUUUACACAAAACUGUAGAUAUUUUUCGUAAAACCUGUGUCAAUAUUCAUAUACUUUACAGCUAACCUUUACAUGUUUCUUAGUCAACACACACACUUCCACAGAGUUCAUGUAAUUCUCUAGGGUAUCAAUCUAAGUGCCAUCAUGAUGCUCUGACUUCACUCAGUAUUAAUUGAGCAGCUGUGACAUUUAUGGAUGAUACAAUCAAUGUUUGGAUUUUUUAACUCAUCCUCAAGAAAUUAGAGGUGUAAAUACAGUUUAAUGUGAUAUUAAUUUUGAAUUUCCCACUUUAAGUCUUACCUGUGUUAGUAGUCUAGUCUGUUCUACUCCGACUUUUUUAACACACACUUAUUAGUUACAAAUCUUGCAUUAGCAAACUUGAAAACGCACUCUUUAUUGCACUGCACACAAAUGAAUCCAUUCCUGCCUUUGUGAACAAAAUGAAGUUAUUAACCUGACUUUUUUAUGCCUAUCAAAUAUUUUAAUUUUAAAAACAGUAUUUGAAUAUAUUUUUUGUAUCAUCAAUUCAAAUACAAUGUAUACUUUAUAAUGAAUGAAGAUCUGUCUGGGUCUAUGAAGUGAGGAGUGCCAGGGUGUUUUUUAUUUAUUGAUGGUUGAGAAUAUACAAUCCUGGAUCAGUGAGUGUUUAGGGAACAGUGAAUGAGGGACUUUGUACACAUCCUUUUUAUACAGUUUUAUAUGAAUUGAUAACAUAUAAUAGAAACAUUGCAUUGUUAACAACUAGCAUGAACUGUAAUUUUAUCACAAUUAAAGGUCAUAUAGCAGUAUUGCUUUUGAGCACAUCUACUGGAGGAGGCUGCCUCUUAAAAUCAUGCUUCCUAAAUUCUCUGUACUUUCUAUGAUUGUUGAUUCUGGACCAGAGCUCUAACCAUCACAGCACUAAACAAAGCCACACAUCAAAACCAUUUCAUUUCAGUACAGAUUAACUGGAAACACUGUUACUUAACAUCUGUCUCUGGUGGUUUCUCUCCUUAAUGGGGCAGUGAGAAUGACAAACAUCUUUGUUUUUGAUUUCUUUCAUUUAUGUUUGAAUUUCUCCACUAUUCAGCCUACCAGUGUGUGCCUGUAAAAGAAAAAAAUUGGGCCCUUCAAACUUUCUUUGAAGGGAAUGGGGGAAUUUAUUCAGAUGAGGCAAAUCUGUGUUUGCAACAUGGAAAUCAUUUACAGCUGUUUACACACAUACACAGGAAAUUUUCUUGAAAAAUUUUACAGAAAAUAUGAGGAUCUCUUCCCUUGAAAAUGUCUUAAGUUGCUUGUUACUUGUCCCUCAAGGCAGCCAGUUUUCAGCAGUUCACCAUUCAGACAAAGGAGGCAGGAAAUAUUGUGUAUGAAACUUGUGCUCUUUGUGUUCAAGCAUGCAGCUCACCCAGAAAAAAAUCUUGAGAUUUUUCAGGAGUUUGUGUGAAAUCACUUUUUGUUUCACUGUUGAAAAUCCCCAGCUUCUGAUGUCUGUAGAGGGAGAGUGCGUUGAGACAAGUUCCUGCCACUACCUCUCUGUACAAAUGUGUAUGUUUGUAAAUCCUGCUGACACUCAAAUAAAGUUACUUACAUAUA